GAGAACCUUCUGUUUGUUCAUAGUUGGAGAACUCAGCUGGAGACGGUUUCGUGUUUCCAAGGUCCCGUCUUUUUCAUCCAAACACUUGACACAACAAACCCAACCGAAUCAGGUCUCGGAACGAUUUGAGUUUUUGCGCGGUUAAAAUGGAUUAUGAGGGUGGUCAGGAAGCAAGUGUUUCUGGCAAUGAUGUUAAUGUUGAUGUCUCGGUGGUGGAGUUGGACAGGGUGGAGGGUGUUGAAAAGUUCUCGUCUGGUGUGGUUAAGGGGGAAUUAGAUGAUGUGCGCGAGGUUAUAGUUGGGGUUGAAAGGGAUCUAGAAUGUAUUUCUGAAAAGUUGCUUAAUUUGAGUGGUUUUACAAUGCAUGUGGCUAGCAAGGAGAGUGACUUUGACGCUUUUAUAUCUAAGGAAGAGGAGACGCCAGUUGAUUCUGCUGAGAAGGCACUAGAGUUCACUUUCUUAUGUGGAAUUUUAGACUCUGAGGUGACUGAAUUGGAUAAGCUCUUGGCUAUGCUUCAAAUGGAGAUCACGGCUUCCCAGGACCUACUAUCUCCGUACGCAUACUUGGGGGACACAUUUGCUGUAAUGGAAAAAGAGCUGCAGGAUUCUGAGCAGCACUUAAAGCAGUUGCAAGAACAUGUCUCUGAAAUCAGGAUGCAAUCUCUGAAGUUCAAGAGCACCUUUCCAUGCUCUGAUGGAGAAGAGAAUUGGAAUAGCGACAAAGGAGUGCGCCAUUUUGAAGAUGAUAUAAUUUCAAGCAAAAAUGUGCAAACUGCUGAACAGCAGAGACAUAUUUUGCAGAUGUUAGAGAAAUCUUUGGCUAUAGAAAUGAACCUUGAAAGAAAAUUGACAGAAUCAAAACACAUUGAAGAGGAUCUAAAUCUGAGGUUGCUCUCUUCAGAAAGAGAGGCAAAUUGCAUGGAGAAUGAAGCAGCAGAUGUUUGGGAGAGGUGGUUAGAGGCAGAUAAUGCAUCUGCGGUCAUGACGGCUAUAUCAAAGGAACUGCUAGGUAGACUCCAGGCUCUCCAGCUUAAAUUAAAUGGUUCAGUUCAUCGAGAAAGUGAGCUACAAUUGAAGGUGGAUGAGCUCCUUAAAGCCAAGGAAAACUCCUUGCAGAAGCUUGAAAGUAGCAAUGCAAGAGUUAAUGACUUCUUUCACGCACAGACGGAGAGCUUGAAAGACAGCUUGAAGGAAGCUGAAGAUAAGUUAAUUAUUGCUAAUUCUGAUGCCUUUACUCUGAGCGAAAAAGUGAGUUCGCUUGAAGAUGAAAUCAGUGAAAUGGGAAAUGUUAUUACAGAUUUGAAAGAGAAACAAUCAAAAGCUGAAGGUAGGGCUCAGAAAGCAGAAGCCCAGUGCAAAUUGUUGACAGAGACUAACACUGAACUUAAUGAAGAGUUUGCACUUCUUAAGACGCAAUUAACAGAACCUGACAUUCGGUUGCAGCAUGCAGUGGCAACUGCUGAAGCUAGCCAGGAAAAACAAAACAUGUUGAAUUCAACUAUUAGGGAUAUGGAAAAUGUGAUAAAGGAUCUAAAGCAGAAUGUUUUAAAAGCCGAAUGUCGGGCCGAUAGUGUAGAGGACAAGUGUAUAAUAAUAUCUGAAACCAAUGCAGCAUUAAAUGAGGAAGUAAGCUUUCUGACGGGUAGAUUGAAAUGCAUGGAGGCAACUUUGCAUCAAGCUCAGGAAGCAAAAAUAGCUACUGCAACUGAUAUUGGAGUCCGGACAAAAGUUAUUACAAACUUGAUUGUGCAACUUGCUUUUGAAAGAGAACGCCUUCAUAAACAGAUGUCUUCUUUAUCAAUGGAGAACAAGACUCUAAAGUUGCAAAUAAACAAUAGUCCAUCUGUGGUAAUGCAAAAUGAUGGAAGAGGAAAUGAUGAAAACUUCAUGCUCUCAAAGCACGAUUUUGCUGCUGGUUCAAAAGAUAGUUGGGAGGAAGCUGAUAAGUUGUCUGCUGUCAGUUCUAAGCUGGAUAGGACUCAGAAAAAUGCUUCUAUAGAUACUGAAGUGGGACGGGCUGAUACUGUGAGGAGAGUUGAUGCAGGAGUUCUAAAUUUUAAGCAUGUACUUGUGGCGAUGCUCAUUGUACUGAUUUCAGCUGCAGCUUGUUUCUUUACUCAACAAGACCCAAUUUGAUGCUCCUGCAGGUGAUUUUUUUUGUUAUGAUUGAGCUCUGCAGUAGCUUUUCCGUCAACAAACCAGUGUUAUAGAGCUCUGCAGAUCUUGAGAUUUGAAAUGGAAAAGUGAAUAGCGAGAACGAAAGGUAGAGAUAAUCGUUGUGCCUAGAUUCCCUUCAACAUUACUACACUUGUAUUGUAAGAUAGAAUUUCAUGAGAUAGAUGGCACAGCCGACGGUCCUGAUCUUCAGAGGGAUCCUUCAUCUCCAGAGGUCGACGGAAGUUUUUUUUUUCUUUUUUUUCCUUCUGAAUUUAGAGAAUAGGAACUCGAAGUUAAAGAAAUUUCAAGGGACAGGAAUAUAAAGAAUCAGUUUUGUUUUUGGAUAGAAGAAUCAGUCACUUUACUAGACCAUGUUAACGUAAUCUGAAUGGAUAUAGCU